UAUUAGACUGACUUUCACUUAGAAAGAAAUAUAAUUUUUCAUGACGUUGACGCAUUAUAAUUUUUGCGCUAUAUUUUCUGAGAAAUGUGUAAAUAAACCACUAACCUAAAAUGAUGUAGCUGAAAAUUGAGUUUUGUGGAGCUGUCCUGUUCGAUGUUUCAGAUAGCUGGACUGUGCCUUGCAGACAAAACUCCGGGUAAAUUAACCAUCGCUGUCAUUGGUUAUCGUCUUCCUGGCGGGGAACUGUGAAACUUAUUGUGUAUUUUUAGCCAAAUAUCGGCGAUGUUUACUAAGAUGAUUACAGUAAAUAGUUCUUUUUUUUAAUCUGACACCCAAACCGAACAUGAAUGUUGAACGCGCAGACAAGCGGCAGUUAAAAUGAUCUAAAGGUUGUUCGGUUUAUCUUUUAAGAAACCAGCGCGAAGCUAAAGUUGUCAUUUCCUCCCUGCUGCAGGUCUGCCGCUAGCUAAACAAAGAUGAGCUCCUCUCGGGAAAUUAAACAGCUGCAGAAAGCAAAAAGCAAAGCUCAGGCUAACAGAAACUUGAAGGAAGAGGCUAACAUCUGCAACCAGCUCGGAGAAUUGCUGUCCAGGACUGGUGACUAUGAGGGCGCCAUUAGGGAACACCAGCAGGAGCUGGCGCUCUCUGAAGCGCUGAAUGACGUGAUUGGACGGGCUGUAGCAAACCGCAAAAUAGGAGAGUGCUACGCUGAGACGGGAAAAAUCGAAGCCGCUUUGAAGCACCAGCGCUGUCACCUGGACCUGGCCCGCUCUGUCGGGGAUCAUGCAGAGGAGCAGAGAGCGCUGGCCACCAUUGGUCGAACCUUCCUGUUCCGGUAUGAAUCUGACCAAUCAAAAAGCAGCUUAAAGCAAGCAGAGGACGCUUUCAGGAAGAGCUUGGCUGUCGUGGACGAACGCCUAGGCGGGACGGUGCCUGAGCGAGAGAUCAGAGAGAUGAAGGCUCGUCUCUUCCUGAACUUGGGUCUGGUGUGUGAUCAUCUGGGGGAGCCCAAACGCUGCAGCGAGUUCAUCCGGCGGAGCGUUUUCAUCGCAGAGAAGAGCCAGCUGCUGGAGGAUCUGUACCGGGCAAACUUCAACCUGGGCAACAUCUUCUUCCGCAACGGCGAGCCGUCCAGCGCCGUGCGCUGCCUGGAGCAGGCCAAGGACUGCGCCCGGAAAAUGAAGGACAAGUUCAGCGAGAGCGAGUGCUUCCACUGCAUCGGCAAGGUUCAGCUUUAUCUGGGCGACUUUGUGGCAGCCCGACGAUCUCUGAAGAAAGCCCUGCUUCUCGGCUCGCAGCAGCCGGCGGACAAAAUGGCCGUGAAGAAAGCUUUCAAAUACGCUGAUAAGGGGUGUAAGCUGGAGGAGGAGCUGUCGGAGGAUCAGGGCAGCAGACCCAGCUCUCGCCAGGUUGUGGAGCUGACCGAGCAGCUGGGGGAUCUGUGCUGCAAAGUGGGCUGCUACAGCAAAGCUCUGGACGCCUACCGGGCUCAGCUGACGGCUGCUGAGGCUUUGGGGAAGUCGGAUCUGGAGCUGGCCGUCAUCCACGUCUCCCUGGCUGCGACCCACACCGACCUUAGGCAGCACCGCCAGGCCGUGGAGCACUACAGGAAGGAGCUGGCGCUGCGCCACGGCAGCGCCUCCGAGGAGUGCAGCACAUGGCUGAACUUAUUUCCGUUCCUUCAGGGUGAGACUCCGAUGGACACGCUGCGUCACUGGCAGAGGACGUACAGGAAGGAGCUGGACGAGGAGGCCAGGCAGGAGUGUCUCUGCACGGAGAAGCUGCUGAGGAAGGCGGCCGCAGGAGGAGUUCCUGCUGCUCCGGCUGCAGCCAAGCCGUUUGAUGCCCUGCAGGACAGCCAGCUGUUUGAUGCAGAGAACUCAGAGCCCCUCCUGGCCACCAGAGGGCGCUCUUUGUCAAACCAGGACAGAUCCAGCCCCAGGCAGCGGCCGAGCAGCGGCACAUCGAAGCAACACAGAGCCAGAGGCACCGAGGGCUCUGUUAUAUACGGGACGUCCAGCAGCAGCUCAGACAGCAGCGACUCCGACAGCCCGGUCAGUCCUCUCCGCCCCGUCCGUCCCAGACACGCCGUCCCAGCCGCUCCGAGUCAGAAGGAGAAUCCCUCAGCCCAGGAGCCGCUCAGGACCGAAAGCACCAGGGAGGCCCCUGCGCCGUGCGUUUUCCAACGAGACGAGUACCACAGCGCCAUCCGCAGCUUGGGCAGCGCCAAAACUCUUCGUCAGGCUCUUUCACAGCCGCAGUUCUCCAGCACGCCGACCGUUUCAUCCGCUCUGGUUCCGGAGGACGAGUAUCUGGCAGACGACUGGUUGGAAGACGAUCUGGGUGAGAUGCAGCCGAAGAAGAAGAGACGGCUUCGAAUCGAUUUUAACGAACCAAGACGGGAGGAAGCGGCUUCGUCAUUGGCUAGAAGUCAGAAUCAUCUGAGCGCAGAGUCGUCCUGCAGAGGCGCUGUGUCAAUCUCGUCCAGCAGAGGGCUCUCUCAGAGGAAGAACGGCUCGCUGAAGCCUCACCAGGUCAAGGUGACUCAGAUGCCAGGGAUGGUGAGGCUGGGCACACGAGAGGUCAGCAGGUCAAACAGCCCCUCCGUUCCAGACGACGAAGACAUGAGGCCUGAAGCUCCUCCUUUGGUGCACUUUCAGCCUCUGGCUCCUGCUGCUCCCAUACCAGCAUCACUGCCUCCACCAAUCAGAAUGAGGGUCAAAGUGCAAGAAGAUGUCUUCCUCAUCCCAGUUCCACAGAGCGAGGCGGACUCCUGCACCGUGUCGUGGCUUUGUGAGCAGGCAGCUCAGCGCUACUACCAGAAAUGUGGCCUCCUGCCGCGCCUCUCGCUGCAGAAGGAAGGAGCGCUGCUCUCACCACAGGACCUGCUGCUGGCUGUGCUGCACACCAACGAGGAGGUUUUGGCUGAAGUUUGCUCCUGGGAUCUCCCUCCUCUUCCUGAUCGCUAUAGGAAGGCUUGUCAGAGUCUGGCAGUGGACGAGGACAGACGCGUCUCCCGGCUGUGCGAGGUCCAGGACGGCGGCCAGUCCGUGUCGCUGUGCGGCCUCAGUUUGGCCCCCGCCUCCCUCAACCCUCUGCUGCGUGCCCUCAAGCUCCAGGCCAGCCUCACCGAGCUCCGCCUCUCUGGGAACCGUCUCCAUGACGACCUCCUUCCAGAACUGGUUGCCACGACUACCACCAUGCCCCGCCUCCGGCUGCUGGACGUUUCGGCCAAUGGCAUAACGGGGGAGGGGCUGGAGAAGGCUGUGGAGGCGCUGAAGGGACAGAGUCAUCCUGCAUAUGCUUACCUGGAGGAGCUCGAUCUGAGCCUUAACCCGCUCGGAGAUGGUGUGGUCGAGUCUCUGUCCUGCCUGUUGUCCAGCUGUCCUCUGCUGUCCAGGUUGUCUCUGCAGGCCUGCCGGCUCACGGCCCGCUUCCUUCAGCAGCACCGCCUGCUGCUGGCCGCCGCGCUGACAGGACUGAGCCACCUGAAAUCAGUGUCCCUGUCCCACAAUGCACUGGGCUCCACUGGCUUUGAGCUGGUGCUGAAGACUCUGCCCCUGCAGACGCUCACUCAUCUGGACCUGGCCGCCGUCCACAGGGGUCCAGCUGAUCACCUGGCGCUGCAACACCUGGCCAAACUCCUGUCCCAGGGCGAGUGUCCUUUGACCCAUCUGAGUCUGGCAGGAAAUGGACUGAUGGACAGCAGCGUCACCAUCUUGGCCAGGUGUCUGCCUUCAUGUCCGACCCUGACGAGUCUUGACCUGUCAGGAAACCCGUCCGUUUCCUGGUCAGGCCUCCACAGCAUCCUGACAUCCGUCAGAGAGGCUUCUCGACCUCUGACCUUUCUCAACCUGCAAGGUUGUCAGGUUUCCGGUCCUUGGAGCAGCGAAGAGCUGGACGGUUUGUCCGAACUGGUGCAGGAUCUCCGUCUUUGCUCCCAGGGAUUAAACAAGCUGGACAGAGACGCGUUGAGGCACAGCUGGGGACUCCAAGAUGGACGCUGUGUGAACCGAAACGCCCGGUUCCUGCUUUCCGCAGCAGCAGCGUCAUCAUAAGGAGGCCUGUUUCACUUAUAAUGGACGAUCUUUAAAGCCAGCUGUGGUGUUGACUGUAAAUACUUGUGUUAAGAAGUAUUGUUUUGUUAGUUCCAUAUACACUAAAUAAUGUUAACUUAAAUUAAAAUGCAAUAAAAAUUCCUUUAUUUCCAA